CGGGCGCUGCUCGCCCCGCCUGGCCUCCCGCGCCGUCGCAGCGAACCCGGCCCCUGAGCCAGGCGUCCCCCGCGGCCCGCUGGGCUGCCCCGGCCGAGCCCUCCGCGCCCACCCGCUGCCCAGCUGCAGCCAUGAGCACCUACAACUACACCAGCCGGCCCCGGGCCCUGCCCUGCCAGCGCCGCCGCUACCGGCACGACCUGCUGCAGCCCCCCGAUGAGCCUAUGCACCAUGGGAACAUCAUGUAUGACAGGAGGGUGAUCCGAGGCAACACGUACGCCCUGCAGAUGGGGCCGCCGCCUGUGCAGUCGGAUGCCCUAGAGUUCCAGCGGCUUCAGCAGAGCCACAAAAAGGCCGCGGCCAAGAGAAGGGCCCUGGACCAGUUCCGCCCACAGUCACCCGAGGCUGUAGAAGGCAGGAAGCACUUGAGUGUGCAGACAGGUGCGUGGCCCAGCCCCGGGAGCCAUCUCAACCAGAGACUGGAGGAGCGUGACCUCACCCAGAAUGGCUGGAAGGUCUGUCUGAGGGUGGCCAGGCAUCCGCCGGGCAUCAGGCACCCCGAGGGUCCCCGCCCAGCCAUCCCCGCGUGCCCCGGGCCUCCGCGUCCCGACCCCAACGCCGGCCGCCCGCUCGGUGUCUCGCCACAGCUCUUUGACUUCGACCUGGAGGUGAAGCCCAUGCUGGAGGUGCUGGUGGGCAAGACCAUCGAGCAGGCGCUGCUGGAGGUGAUGGAGGAGGAGGAGCUGGCCAGCUUGCAGGUGCGCCAGUACAACUACGAAGAGCUGCGCAACGCAGAGCUGGCCGAGGUGCAGCGGCUGGAGGAGCAGGAGCGCCGGCACCGCGAGGAGAAGGAGCGCCGCAAGCAGCAGCAGUGGGAGAUCGUGCACAAGCAGACGGAGACGUCGCAGAAGAUUGCGGCGCGCGUGUUCGCCCAGCGCUACCUGUCCGACCUGCUGCCCUCGGUGUUCGGGAGCCUCCGCGACGCUGGCUACUUCUACGACCCGGUGGAGAGAGACAUCGAGGUGGGCUUCCUCCCCUGGCUGUUGAACGAGGUGGACAAAGCCAUGGAGCACAGCAUGCUGGGCAGGGCAGUGCUGGACAUGCUGAUCCGCGAGGUGGUGCAGAGGCGCCAGGCUGCGUACGAGGCCCUGAUGGGCAGGCAGGCCUUCCUGGCCCCCGAAACCGGGUUCAUGGCGCCGACCACCAUGGUCUACCCCCCUGAGGUUGACGGCCCCCAGGACCUGCUGACUCCAGGCACCCAGGGGCUGCUGCUGGACAGAGACCUGCUGCAGACCACACAGUCCAGGCUGUCAGUGGGCAGGCCGGUGGACUCCACGUCUCUGCAGGACGGACUAUACAUGGAGGAAGAGGGGGAGGAGCCCUUUGAAAUUGGGGGCCCCUAAGGAGGAGGGUGCUGGCGGGGCCCCUCGGGCUCUGGGAAUUUUGGCCUGGACAGUCCGCACAUCUGUUUGCCUGGCAGAGUGGCCAGAUCUGAUGACUUGCAGUAAUAAAACUCCUUUUGAAAGGAAAAA